AUGGCUCGCACUUCUCUGCGCAAAAAGCAGGUAGUUAGCUAUAACGAGGAUCACAACGACGACGGCGAAAUGCCCCAAGUGACCAAGGCUGUUGCGGCUGCUAGUAAGGCUGUGGAGAAGACCAAGGGGGUUAUAACGAAGACCGUUGCUACAAAAACUGCUACCGCAAAGACCGCAACGAAACGAAAAGCCGAACCUGAGCCAGAGAGUGCAGCGCCUGCACCAGUGGCAAAGGUGACCAAGAAGCGCAAGACGAAGGCCAAGGAUGAAGAUGCGACACCUCUAGCAGAUCGGACAUCUGUCACUACUCUCAAACCUGCUAUGCAUAUUGGCGCCCACGUUAGUGCUGCGGGAGGAGUUCAAAAUUCUGUCACCAAUGCUGUCCAUAUUGGCGCAAACGCUUUCGCCCUCUUCUUGAAGUCGCAGCGAAAAUGGACGAACCCCCCUCUCGACCAGGAUGCCAAGAACCAGUUUAUCUCGAUGUGUAAAGACCACAGCUACAGCGCAGGCGAACACGCCCUCCCGCACGGCUCAUAUCUCGUCAACCUUGCGCAGGCCGACGAAGAGAAGGCGAACCAAGCAUACACCUCCUUUGUUGACGACCUGCAAAGAUGUGAGCAACUAGGCAUUCGCUUGUACAACUUCCACCCGGGGUCAACGGGUGGCGAUGUUAGAUCAGCAGCAAUUGGACGUAUCGCUGCACAGCUCAACAAGUCGCACAAGGCUACCAAGACGGUGGUCACAGUUCUUGAGAAUAUGGCUGGAAGUGGAAAUGUCAUUGGAUCAACAUGGGAGGACUUGAGGGAUAUUAUUCACCUGGUCGAGGAUAAGUCACGGGUGGGUGUUUGCAUUGAUACGUGCCAUGCUUUUGCGGCUGGAUACGACCUGAGGACACCAGAGGUGUUCAAGACAACUGUUGAUUCUUUCAACGACAUUGUCGGCCACAAGUAUCUCAAGGCUUUCCAUUUAAACGACAGCAAAGCGCCUUUCAAUUCCAACAGAGAUCUCCACGCCAACAUCGGCACAGGCUUCCUCGGUCUUCGUGCCUUUCACAGCAUUAUGAACCACGCACCCUUCGCAGGCAUGCCCAUGGUUCUCGAGACACCUAUCGACCGCACAGGUUCUGACGGCAAGUCCGUUGAGGACAAGAAGAUCUGGGCCGAUGAAAUCAAGCUCCUGGAGCGGCUCGUAGGCAUGGAUGCCGAGAGUGAGGAAUUCAAGGAGCUUGAGAAGGAUCUACACGCCAAGGGCGAGUCUGAGCGGAAUAAGAUACAGGACCAGGUCGAUCGUAAGACGGCCAAGGAUGCGAAGAAGGGGGCCAAGAAAGGUGGUAAGAGGAAGAAGCAGGGUGAACCGGAGGAUGAGAGCGAGUAG